UGUUUUUUAACAGAUUCAACCACUAUAUAGAUCAGUCGGUUCAACUCAUUCCUCGAAAAGAUUCGACCCAAAAACGAUUCAUUCAUGAAUCGGACGUCGUUAGAAUAAGGUCAGCCCACCAAAUCGUCUCUCGAGUCGGGUUGUGUUUCCUGCAGUAACGUUAAGGAAAAAGCAAACGCAACACGCUGUCAACUGGGCAAUUACUUUUGUUACUUAUUAUUUUAAUCUGUUUUAGGAGUGACCGCGGAAAUUAAUUAAGAUUAACUUGGAAUUUGCAUGUGUGUGUAUGUGCAUAGCGGUUGUUAGGAACAAUGUAAACAAGCCUGGACCGGACUGAGCUUGAUAUUAGAUUACUGCACCCAUCAACCUCCUCACGAACAUCUAGGUUUUAUUAGACCUUUCACAUCUCAUCAUGGGCAGUUUAUAUCUCUCAAGAGGUCGGUGUAUUCUCCGGCAGGUGUUCUUUGGCCUACCCAGCAUGCUGCAGCGGCAUUACAGCCUCGAUGUGUCAGCGCAGCUCCUGCGGACUCAAGCCUUCAUAGAAGGGCGCUGGGUCUCCGCUGCAUCCACGUUCCCCGUGUUAGAUCCAGCCACGGGAGAAGAGAUCGCGAAGGUGUCAGACUGCGGUACAAAGGAGGCUCAAGACGCUGUCAAUGCUGCAUACAACGCGUUUCACCUGUGGAAGAAUCACACAGCCAAGGAAAGAAGCAUUUUAUUACGAAAAUGGUUUGACCUGAUCAAUCAGCACAAGGAAGAUCUUGCCAAGUUGAUCACAGCAGAGUGUGGGAAGCCUAUGAAGGAGUCUAUCGGUGAGAUGACAUACUCUGCCUCCUUCCUGGAGUGGUUUUCUGAAGAGGCCAGACGUGUGUAUGGAGAUAUUAUCGCACCUCCAGCCAAGGACCGCAAAAUCCUCUUACUCAAGCAGCCGGUGGGAGUGGCUUCCAUCAUUACACCUUGGAAUUUCCCCAGUGCCAUGAUCACCAGGAAGGUGGGCGCAGCACUGGCGGUGGGAUGCACUGUGGUGGUGAAGCCAGCCGAGGAUACACCUCUCUCUGCUCUGGCCCUGGCUGAGCUGUCGGUUCAGGCUGGUAUUCCUCCUGGGGUGUUUAAUGUAGUGCCCUGCUCGAGAGCAAAGACCCCUGCUGUGGGGGAGCUGCUCUGCACAGACCCUCUCGUUGCCAAAAUCUCAUUUACUGGCUCCACGGCCACUGGCAAGAUACUACUAAGACAUGCUGCAGGAACAGUCAAAAGGGUCUCCAUGGAGUUGGGAGGACAUGCCCCGUUUAUUGUAUUUGACAGUGCUGAUGUAGAUAAAGCUGUUGCUGGAGCGAUGGUCUCCAAAUUCAGGAACUCAGGCCAGACCUGCGUGUGCUCCAACCGCUUUUUGGUGCAGAGUGGAAUCCAUGAUGCUUUCAUUCAGAAGCUGGCCAAGGCUAUGGAUGAUGAACUGAAGCUUGGCCAUGGCUCAGAGCCCACCACCACACAAGGGCCGCUCAUCAACACCCGCGCCGCAGAGAAGGUGGAGAACCAGAUUGCAGAUGCUGUGGCACAGGGAGCAGUCAUAGUUCGAGGUGGGAAGAGACUGGAGGGCUCCUUCAUGCAGCCCACCCUGCUGUCCAGUGUCAACACUGACAUGCUCUGUAUGCGAGAGGAGACCUUCGGACCCCUUAUUCCUGUUGUUAAGUUCAACACAGAAGAGGAGGCACUCGCCAUUGCCAAUGCUUCUCCUGUUGGUUUAGCAGGUUACUUUUACUCCAGAGACAUCAGUCAGAUCUGGCGGGUGGCGGAGCAGAUGGAGGUGGGCAUGGUUGGGGUCAACGAAGGUCUGAUAUCUGCCACAGAAGGCUCAUUUGGUGGAAUCAAACAGUCUGGAAUGGGCAGAGAAGGAUCCAAAUACGGCAUUGAUGAGUAUCUAGAAAUAAAGUACAUGUGUUUGGGGGGACUCUCUCUAUAAAGACUUUAAGCAAUACUAAAAUCAUGAAUCCACUGUGAACUAUUCUCUUUUAAUCAUAUUUAACUGGAUAAUGACUAUACUGACUAUAGAUAUUUGUUGUAGAAAUGGGUACAAAUAGUCCUCUUUGAGAUUCUGUCCAUCAUAACUGAUUGAUGUACAGUAUUGUUCAAAAUAAUAGCAGUACAAUGUGACUAACCAGAAUAAUCAAGGUUUUUCGUAUAUUUUUUUAUUGCUACGUGGCAAACAAGUUACCAGUAGGUUCAGUAGAUUCUCAGAAAACAAAUGAGACCCAGCAUUCAUGAUAUGCACGCUCUUAAGGCUGUGCAAUUGGGCAAUUAGUUGAAUUAGUUGAAAGGGGUGUGUUCAAAAAAAUAGCAGUGUGGCAUUCAAUCACUGAGGUCAUCAAUUUUGUGAAGAAACAGGUGUGAAUCAGGUGGCCCCUAUUUAAGGAUGAAGCCAACACUUGUUGAACAUGCAUUUGAAAGCUGAGGAAAAUGGGUCGUUCAAGACAUUGUUCAGAAGAACAGCGUACUUUGAUUAAAAAGUUGAUUAGAGAGGGGAAAACCUAUAAAGAGGUGCAAAAAAUGAUAGGCUGUUCAGCUAAAAUGAUCUCCAAUGCCUUAAAAUGGAGAGCAAAACCAGAGAGACGUGGAAGAAAACGGAAGACAACCAUCAAAAUGGAUAGAAGAAUAAACAGAAUGACAAAGGCUCAGCCAAUGAUCACCUCCAGGAUGAUCAAAGACAGUCUGGAGUUACCUGUAAGUACUGUGACAGUUAGAAGACGUCUGUGUGAAGCUAAUCUAUUUUCAAGAAUCCCCCGCAAAGUCCCUCUGUUAAAAAAAAGGCAUGUGCAGAAGAGGUUACAAUUUGCCAAAGAACACAUCAACUGGCCUAAAGAGAAAUGGAGGAACAUUUUGUGGACUGAUGAGAGUAAAAUUGUUCUUUUUGGGUCCAAGGGCCACAGGCAGUUUGUGAGACGACCCCCAAACUCUGAAUUCAAGCCACAGUACACAGUGAAGACAGUGAAGCAUGGAGGUGCAAGCAUCAUGAUUUGGGCAUGUUUCUCCUACUAUGGUGUUGGGCCUAUUUAUCGCAUACCAGGGAUCAUGGAUCAGUUUGCAUAUGUUAAAAUACUUGAAGAGGUCAUGUUGCCCUAUGCUGAAGAGGACAUGCCCUUGAAAUGGUUGUUUCAACAAGACAAUGACCCAAAACACACUAGUAAACGGGCAAAGUCUUGGUUCCAAAUCAACAAAAUUAAUGUUAUGGAGUGGCCAGCCCAAUCUCCAGACCUUAAUCCAAUUGAGAACUUGUGGGGUGAUAUCAAAAAUGCUGUUUCUGAAGCAAAACCAAGAAAUGUGAAUGAAUUGUGGAAUGUUGUUAAAGAAUCAUGGAGUAGAAUAACAGCUGAGAGGUGCCACAAGUUGGUUGACUCCAUGCCACACAGAUGUCAAGCAGUUUUAAAAAACUGUGGUCAUACAACUAAAUAUUAGUUUAGUGAUUCACAGGAUUGCUAAAUCCCAGAAAAAAAAAAAUGUUUGUACAAAAUAGUUUUGAGUUUGUACAGUCAAAGGUAGACACUGCUAUUUUUUUGAACACACCCCUUUCAACUAAUUGCCCAAUUGCACAGCCUUAAGAGCGUGCAUAUCAUGAAUGCUGGGUCUUGUUUGUUUUCUGACAAUCUACUGAACCUACUGGUAACUUGUUUGCCACGUAGCAAUAAAAAAUAUACUAAAAACCUUGAUUAUUCUGGUUAGUCACAUUGUACUGCUAUUAUUUUGAACAAUACUGUAUACUUGUUACUCUGAAAUAAGGUUUUGAACACUAAAAAAAUAUAUUUUUAUCACUGAAAAAUAUCUAAACAGACUUAAAGCAGGAUAAAUUUACUUUUGUGUUAGAUAAGAUAAUAUAUAUCUUGUACAUUUUUAGUUUAUUCUUCUUGAUUUAAUUAUAGACAAAAAAAUAAGACAAACUGAUGUUUUUUUUCCAGUGUUAAUAAUUUGGCCACAAAAUACAGGGAUGGGAGAGAAAUCAAAGCACAAUAUUUCUUAAAAAGUCAUUUAAAUGUUUAACUUAAGUGUUCUAUUUUUGUAAUUCUAGAAAUAGAUUAAAACCAUUACAAAAGAAACUGUGAUGAGAUGUUUUUUGGUGCUUAUGCUGCUGGAUAGAAACUUUUUAUUUCAGGCAAUACAGCAUAGAGAUUCAAAUUUGUCAUUGUGGCCAAAUGUUGUAAUUGUCAGUGCAUUUUUUUUAACUGUUCUCUGUUGUAAUGUUUUUUUUUAAUUGGUGCAAAUAUUAAUUUUCUAUUGAUAUACCUAAUUGUAAGUGUUAUAUGCAUGACAAUGUUUAGAAGUAUAUUAAUUUUCUUACCUUGUAAGUGGAAAUUUGCAGAAAAGCACACAAAGGUAAAAAGACUAUACAUACAUCUGAAAGCCUUGGUAAAGAAACAUUUCAACUUCUGCUGUUCAUUUACUUGAGCCAUUUUUAUCACUUAUUUAAAAUUAAUCCUGAAUAGGCACACUAACACAGAAUUGCACACUACUAUUAUUCAUGUGAACUCAACUCUAUAAAUAUCGAACUUUUGGAAAUAAAACACUUUUAAACUUGGUAAAGGGCCAUAUGUCUUUAAUUUUUUGCAUCUCCAGCUGCAUUAAAACCCCCAAAAAAAGAAUAUAGGAGAAAUGCAUCUCCUUGUCACAAUGAUACAGAUGGCUUCUAUUGCAAUUCCAGCUAAAGCAGACAUUUUUAAAAGGUUGUAAAACCAGAAAGCUAUAAAGACAAACACAAAUGUACAGUAUCAGGGCCAAGACUGAAGUCUUACAUGAACAUUCAGAAAGUUCAGUAGAAAUAAAAUGUUUUGCAUAAAGAA